AUGAGCAACGAGCACGGGCGACGGUUGAGUAAGCGUCUCGCUGGUAAGUGGAUUGAUGACGACGGCGAAGGCAUUCGGGAAGGGCGACGCGCUGACGGCGGAAAACGAGCAGCGGCGACGGAUUUUGAGCAUGAUGAUGAUUUUGCAUUUGUGCGAAAGUCCAAAAGGGUCAAGACGGACAAGGAACCAGAACCAGAGCAUGAACAAAAGGCCGAGCCAGUCAAGAAAUCUUCGAGGGGACGUCCUGCAGCAAAGUCACGCGUUGCUAAGAGCUCGAAAACCAAUGGAACGAUCCCAGAAGAAGAGCCCACAGAGGACGAACCUAGUGCGACUACGAAGCCUGCAACAAGGAAGAGCAACAGGCAAAAAGCGAGCGUAGACGCGCCAGAUGAACCACCACCCAAAGCAACUAAGAAACAACCAACGAGGAGGAGCACGCGACGGUCAGAGAAAUUGGAGACGGAAAUCGCUCAACCAGUGUCAGCUCCAGCGUUAGAACCCGCACCUGAGCCUGAACCUGAGCCUCAGCCAGAAACAGCACCACAGCCUCCAGCGGCAACGACUUCUCGCGUCAAUGGAGCAUCUAAGAAAUCCCGAAGUCGCGCCAAAUCGACCAAACCGCCCCCAGACUGGGACAAGUCACCCGAACGAGCGCCGCCUGUGCAAUCUGCCACAAUUGCGCUGCCAAUGAGCGACACACCCAUCAUUAAUAGAAACAAAGAAAUGCGCAAGAAGGGCGGCAACUCCAACCGACGAAGCAGCUUGGGUAACCGAGGACGAAGGGCGAGCUCAUUGAUCGAAGGCGGCCAAACAGCGAUACCCCACCGGGAGGUCAACCCGGCGGACUUUUAUAAGCAUAUUGAGGCCGAGGGUUUGACAGAACCUAGACGUAUGAAGCAACUAUUGACCUGGUGUGGUGAGCGUGCAUUGUCAGGGAAGCCUCGGCACGGCACACCGAAUUCUAAUGCUAUUCUUGGUGCUCGUGCCAUUCAAGAUCAGUUGUUAAAAGACUUUGCGGCUCGAUCUGAGUUCUCAGACUGGUUCACUAGAGAGGAUGAUGACGCGCCCAAAGCCCCUGUAGUGACAAAACCUAACCCCAGAAACUUGGAACUGGAUGAGAAGAUGGCCCAGCUUGAGAUAAAUAUCAAAAGACUACAAGAGGAGAAGAAGGCGUGGCAGGCAAUACGAAAACCACCGCCUGAACAACCGUCUCUUUUCUCCGAAGAGGAGACAGGGCCCAUUGUGUUGCCCGACUUCGAUCUUCUAGAUCCUGAUGAAGGGAAAAUUCGAGGAUUCCUCGCGGACGAGAAAGCCUCGUCCGAAGCUGUUCGGUCACAAACAGAAUCGCGAUUACGGACUAUUCAAUCAACGCUUGAGUUCCAGGUCGACCAACUCGCUGAUAACGUCCAUAAGCUCGAGCAGCGGGUUCUGAUUGCAGGCAAGGAAGCGGAUAAGGUCCUCAGCGUCAGCGCUCUACGGCUUCGACAACGUGAGGAAAGGGAAAAGGCAAGCGCAGGAACAAGGGAUAUGCCGGUCAUUGAGGUUCUAAGGAGCCUAGGGAAUAUUCUGCCUGAAGGAGGCGGGUGA